AAUAAUAAAAAUGAAUUGAAUUCAAAAAUGGAAAAUUCAAUUGUGAUUAAUGCAACGGAUAUACUGAAUAAUAAAACAAGCAUUAUUGAAGACGAACACAAUAAUAUUAAUAACGCAAUUAUACAAAUACCACACGACAACAACGAAGACAAUAAAGUGGAAGGAGAAACACCUUUAGAACAGAACUUAAGUGUGGUGGAUACUACAACAAAUCAUAAAAACACCAAUAACAGCAUUGUAGUUGAGGUCGAUGAAGACUUAACAAAUAGUAGUAAUAGUAACAAUAACAAUAAUUUACCCGCUACAAUCGUUCAACUUCAACAACAACAAAAAGAAACAGUAUUAACAGAUACAUUAAAUUCAACAAAAACAUCAAGUAAUAGUACAUCGAUUAAAUAUCAACGUGCCUUAGUGCGUGCAUCAUUGUUAAUUAUGUUAUUUUCAAGUGUUUUAAUUGCGUUAGUUGCAUUAGUAUGGUUAUUUUUUGGACCAAUUGUAGCUGCAUUAUUGAUAUCUGUUGCUGGUUUUACAUAUUUACUAUCGAGUGGAGCUUAUAGAUGGUUUUAUGUUGCGUUUAUGACAUUACCUAGAGAUUUAAAAGCCAUCUCACGUUUUAUACGUUUAAAACUAUUAACACGAGCCUACGAGAAAAAAGAUUUAACCAUCGCCGAUAUAUUUCGUCAAAAUGCACUUAAAUAUCCAAACAAAGUAUGUUUUAUUUAUGAAGACACAGAAUGGACAUUUACUGAAGUGGAAGAGUACAGUAAUAAAAUAGCAAAUAUAUUUCGAAGUCAUGGCUACAAAAAGGGUGAUACUGUUGCAUUAUUUAUGGAAAAUAAACCAGAAUUUGUUUGUAUGUGGUUAGGUUUAUCAAAACUCGGUGUUAUUAUACCAUUAAUUAAUACAAAUUUACGACAGACAUCUUUAAUACAUUCAUUUAAUGUUGCUAAAUCACAAGCUAUUAUUUUUGGUGCUGAAUUAUUUGAUGCUGUCAAGGAUAUUGCACAGAAGUUAGAUUCAAAUGUUGCACUUUAUCAAUUGAAUACAAAAUCGAUGGAUGUAUCAACCACUGAAUUAAAAGAACAUAAUUUAAAUGCACUAUUAAAAGAAGCAUCGUCAGAACCACCAGAAUUAACUUAUAAAGUUGGCUACAACGAUCGUCUUGUUUACAUUUAUACAUCGGGUACUACAGGAUUACCUAAAGCGGCUGUUAUUAAUAAUUCACGAUUUGUAUUUAUUUCUGCUGGUAUUAAAUAUGUAGCUGGAUUCACCGCAGAUGAUCGAUUAUACACUCCGUUACCAUUGUAUCAUACAGCAGGAGGUUGUAUGACCAUUGGACAAGCAUUAUUAUUUGGUAAUACAGUUGUAAUACGUAAAAAGUUCUCAGCGUCUGCAUACUUUUCUGAUUGUCGUAAAUAUAAUUGUACCAUUGCACAAUAUAUCGGUGAAAUGUGUCGUUAUGUAUUAGCUGUACCACCGAAGCCAGAAGAUCAACAGCAUAAUGUACGAAUUAUUUUUGGUAAUGGACUACGGCCACAAAUAUGGAAAGAGUUUGUUGAUCGUUUUAAUAUACCACAAGUUACGGAAUUUUAUGGAGCCACGGAAGGCAAUGCUAAUAUUGUAAACAUUGACAACAAAUUGGGAGCCAUUGGUUUCGUAUCAAGAAUCGCUCCAUCAUUUUAUCCAAUAUCUAUUAUUCGAGUGAAUGAAGAAGGUGAACCAAUCCGUGGGUCAAAUGGCCUAUGUAUGUCCUGUAAACCAAAUGAACCCGGGGUAUUUAUUGGAAAAAUUAUUGAAAAUGAUCCAUCACGAGCAUUUUUGGGUUAUGUUGAUGAAAAAGCAUCUGAAAAGAAAAUCGUACGAGAUGUAUUUAAAAAAGGCGAUUCAGCCUUUUUAUCUGGUGAUAUUUUAGUAGCUGAUGAAUUUGGUUACUUAUUUUUCAAAGAUCGAACUGGUGACACAUUUAGAUGGAAAGGUGAAAAUGUAUCAACAAGUGAAGUUGAAGCUGUUGUCAGUAAUUUAAUAAAUUACAAAGAUGCUGUUGUGUAUGGUGUUGAAAUACAUGGUCAAGAAGGUCGGGCUGGCAUGGCAGCUAUUUAUGAUCCAAACAAUACAUUAAAUUUAGAGUUACUUGCCAGUGGUGUGAGUAAAGAAUUACCAUCGUAUGCUCGACCUCAAAUCAUUAGAAUUUUAAAUAAAUUAGAUUUAACUGGCACAUAUAAACUAAAAAAAGUUGAUUUACAAAAAGAAGGUUUCAAUCCAAACACGAUCAGUGAUCAACUAUACUAUAUGAAUUCAAAUGGCGUUUAUUCACCAUUAACAAACGAUAUUUAUGAACAAAUUAAUACAGGCAAAUUAAGAUUAUAACAUAACAAUUUAAUUAUUAACAUUAUUUAAAUGAUGUGAUGUACUUACUGGUGCAGACUACGACUACAGUCCGGGAAAAACUGGAUUUUAUAUCAGGAUAUCUUCGAUGAUUUCUUUUGAU